GGUCGUGCAAGAGUGCAAACGCACUUUCCAACCUGUCAGAAGUGUGCCUGCUGCUUCUGGACCGGUGUGUAGUGUCGGAACGUUUGUAACGUCUUUCAAGUUACUACAGAAAGCAUAUGCUGCUCAGUGUAGUGCGCCUUCCAUCUUUCACACAAGUGUUCCGCCGACUAUUUUCUGCAAUGAGCCUCAAUGAAGCCAAGAAAAUCGCCGCCUACAAAGCUGUAGACGAGUGGGUUCAGAACGACACAGCAAUCGGUGUCGGAAGCGGCUCGACGGUAGUGUUUGCGGUCGAAAGACUUGCUCAGCGAGUGUCUCAGGAGAAUUUACGGGUUGUGUGUGUUCCCACGAGUUUCCAAGCCCGCCAACUUAUCGUGGAAAAUAACCUGCAAUUGGGUGACUUGGACCGCAACCCCCAUCUUGACUGCGCCAUCGAUGGGGCUGACGAAGUCGACGCCAACAUGACCUUGAUAAAGGGAGGCGGUGGUUGCCUACUCCAGGAGAAAAUUGUCGCCGCCUGUGCCGAUAAAAUGAUCGUUAUUGCCGACUACACGAAAGAUUCAAGCAAACUAGGAGAACAGUACAAAAAGGGGAUCCCCAUUGAGGUUGUUCCCAUGGCUUAUGUUCCCCUUCGAAGCCGGAUCCAAACCCGCUUCGGAGGGAAAUUGAAGCUCCGAAUGGCCGUUGCGAAGGCUGGACCAUGUGUGACAGACAACGGCAACUUUAUCUUAGAUUGGGAUUUCGACCAGCAAAAGGAAUACGACUGGGAUGCAGUGAAUCGCGAACUGAUCCAGAUGCCCGGCGUAGUUGAGACGGGAUUGUUUGUUAACAUGGCUAGGAAAGCAUACUUUGGUAUGGCCGAUGGAACUGUGAAGGAGAGGAGUGCCUGAAAGAAGAGAUUAUUCGAGGUUCCUUCUAUAUUAUAAGCAGAAAAAUCUUAAAUUUAAUUUAAGGGUAAACUUCAUAUAUGGAAAUUUUUAUUAAAUUUGUUUCGGUUAAAA